AUUGCUCUUUAUUUUUGUCCUCAAGAAUGGUUAGAGGCCGGAAAGUUACAGAGGAUUGUUCUUGUGAUAAUGAGCAAGGCGACGUCUGAAGUUCAUGAGAGGUGGAAUUUCAAUAUAGAAACUGAUUCUGAAGUGGUCACAAAGGGGGUUAGCAGGGAAAAGAGUGAUAAGGAAAUCAUUAGGGAGAUAGAAGCAAUCAUGCGCCAGAUUGUUUCUUGCCUCACUUACUUGCCUUGCCUUGAUAAAGAAUGUGUCUUCGACGUGUUAGCCUACACCGAAAAAGAUGUUGCAGUCUCAUUUACCUGGAUUGAGAGUGAUGCCAAAUUGAUCCAAAAUCCACAGAUGGUUAAGCUACAUUCAUUUGACACCAAUAUACACAUAGUGGAUACGUUGGUUUCGUAUAAGAACGACGAGUGGGACGAGUAGUAGAAUACUUUUGUGAGGUGGUUUUCUGUGAAUUGUUCAUUCACAUUGAGUG